AGCUUUUCCUGGAUGUACCUGUCUAUAAGGAGUCCUGCUUGUCACAAUGAAUGUUCUCCUGGGCGGCUUCGUGAUCUUUGCCACCUUCGUGACUUUAUGCAAUGCAUCGUGCUUUUUCAUACCUAAUGAGAGAUUUCCAGGAGAUUCUACCAGGGAAUGCACGGAUCUCAAAGGAAACAAACACCCGAUAAACUCGAAGUGGCAGACUGACAACUGUGAGAGAUGCUCUUGCUACGAAACAGAAAUUAUCUGUUGCACCCUUAUUGCUACACCUGUGGGUUAUGACAAAAAAAGAUGCCAGAGAAUCUUCAAGAAGGAGGACUGCAAGUAUAUUGUGGUGGAGAAGAAGGACUCAAAAAAGACCUGUCCUAUCGAUCAAUGGAUACUCUAAUGUGCUUCUAGUAGGCACAGGGCUCCCAGGCCAGGCAUCAUUCUCCUCUGGUCUAUGAUUGUGUAGCCAUGCCUAUCAGUAAAAAGAUUUUUGAGCAAACACUUGAA